AUGGCCUCUUGGGAUGCCGCAGAGCGGAGCGAUGAGGACGGCCACGAGUCCUCCGACACUCUCGCGCAUGGCGAGGACAGGUUCGACCUCGACCAUGCCGUCUCAGCGCCUUUUGCACCCUUGCGGGAGAUCACGCGCCGAGACAGCCACUUCCUGGUGCAGCAAAGAGGCAAGAUCAAGCGCAUCCUGGACCGCGACGCGGGUGAGUCCCAGAGCACCCGGGUGUACUGGGUUCGGAAGAAGCGGAAGAUCUAUGCUAUGUUUUUCUAUGACUUCUUCCACACUAUACUUCAAGUGCCGGUUCUUGGAGUCUAUCCGAUGGUCUUCAUCUCUUACGCACUCUGCCACCUGCUCUUUGCGAUUAUGUGGUGGAGCAUUUCCGACAGCUGCGCCAUCGGGCUUUCGGGUCUUAUGUCGGCCUUCUACUUCUCCGUCGAGACGCAGAUGACCAUCGGUUACGGGGCCCCGGCGGAGAACUUCGCUGGCUGCCCGGAAGCGGUACUUUUGCUGCCGUUGCAGGUCGUCUGCGGGCAGAUGCUGGAUGCAGCUGUGAUCGGCAUCGUUUUUGCACAGAUUUCAGCGGCCAGUGCGCACGCGGCGAGCGUGAUGUUCAGUGACACGGCGCUUCUCAGAGUGGUAGACGGCUGCGUGCAGAUGACGUUCAGGAUCGCGAAGAGGACUGGCUUCAGUUUGUCGCAAGGGAAGAUCCAAGUGUACUGCGUUCAGCACCACAAGGACCCUUCUCAACCACGCGGUGUGCGCGUGGAGGUGAAUGCGAUGCACCUGAUUGAGCCAGACAUGGACAUGUACAACGGAGUGAUCUUCUUGGGCCUCCCCGCGGAAGUCAGCCACAAGGUGGACUUUAGCAGCCCCUUGGCCCCCGUGGUCCCGGCCGGCACCAGUGGAUAUCCUUCUGAACUGGACGUGCGGACGUACCUCAAGUCGUCGAAAUACUUGGAGAUUCUGGUGUUGGUGAGCGGCGUAGAGCAGACCACGGCUGCGAACUUUGAAGCGAGACACUCCUACACGCUGGAAGACCUGUUCUGGAACAGGACGUUCGAGCCAUGUGUGUCCAUCAACAAGGAUGGCCAACAUACCGUGGAUCUGCAAAAGUUCCACUGCAGUCACAUGAACAGAGACGAGGCCGUGGCUCUGGUGCCUGAUCGCGCUGUGUCUGUUCGGACACACCACUCCUUCCGUGCGACCCUUGAACCACAGGUGGCAGAUUGGACGAUUUACCGCCGUGGGAGAGCCCCACUUGGAGCUACUCUGGACGAGCUCUUCGCAUACAGGACGCACAGCCACUCCGAUCUCUUCACUCGGCAAAACAGUUACAAUGCGGGCGAUUCCCCGUUCUGCGCUCGCCUCAAGCUGCCGCUGCAGCCGCGCAUGACGCGGACCUGGUUCCGCAGUGUCGGGUUUCUUGCCAAGCUGCUGGGUAUGGACGUGACCUCGCUGAGAGGAGAGGCUUCUGCGCUGGUGGGCCCUGCAGGUGCCAGUGGAACCGAAGCGGCGGCUGAGCUGCGAAUGUCCUGGCUGCAGGAGGCAUUGGUACCCCAUGCGAUGCAGAAGGGGCUCAUAACGCAGGCGCUGCUCCAGCCAAAGCCGCUUCUGCAGCUGGGAGCGCUGGUCCUGCUUCUAGCGGCCUUGGAACGCCUGCAACGUGCGCUCCGCAGCCCGGACUGGAUGCCAACGGAGCGGGAGGAUCUACAAAAUCGGAUCCAAGCACGGCUGCCAGACCUCAACACGCUGCUGCUUCUGUGGCAGAAACUGUCGAAGGAUGGCGAGACUUCAUCUGGAAUCACUGAGACACCACCUGCUGGUGCGCAGCACUCCCAGAGGUCAGAAGACGCGGACGCAGAAGAGGAGCAGAAGGGUGGCGAAGCCGUCUCCGAGGUGUUGGAGGAAGACGUGGUGACACUGCUUGGCUUGCCAGGUCCCUUGGCGAGCCAUACCAUAUUCACCACAUGGUGCAAGAAUGCACAGAGGUACAUUGAGGUUCUUCCGCAAAGCGCAGCAGAUGUCAAGUUUGAUUGGUCUAAACUCCUCUCGGCCGUUGCAUCGCCGCUGCUUUCUGGGCAAGGCCCGCCAGUCUCCGCCGAGAGGCUUCGAGCCUGCGUCCAAUGUGUUGGCGCUGCCAUGCAGGCAAGGUCUCUGUCGCUGCAGCUUUCGAAAUCGCAGCGAGCGUGGCUGGAGACCCUUCUCCAACUUCGGUCUGCUUCAUCGGAUGACGAGCUCUGCAGCGACUGCACAGAGCAGCUGGUUCGUUUCAUCGGGGGACGCAAAGUCUGUGGCCAUGAGCAUCAGGUUGAGCUGCACAAGCUUCUUGCGGCUACGAAGAAAUGGCCGCAGAGUGUUGGCUUCUUCUGCCAGGCUCUGCAAUCAGUGCUGCUGCGGCCCGGGUUCUUCCUUUCAGAGAUCGAGGAGAAGGCAUAUGACUCCUUGCUGCUUCUCGCUCUGGUGCGGCAAUUGGCACGGCGCGACCCGCAGGGCCUCGGCCUGCCGAGCAACGUCGCGAUUGACGACCGUCGGAACAUGGCGAUUGUCUGUGCGAAGAUGACAAAGCAGUCCCUGGUGCAGCUUGCCAUGCAGCUCCCCACUACCGCGCAGCCCCUGGCAGCCCUCGUUCGAGGUGCUGGGGAGUGGAUUGCUGGUACGGUUUCGGUGGGAGAAACUCAGCCCAAAGAGGAUGCAGCCGUUGCAUCUCAAGGAGAUCCUGAGGGUGCCGAGAGCAUCCGGCAGAGCCUGUUGGAGAAGCUGGAAGGCGUGCAGAAAUCCCAGAAACGGAAACGUGAGGAGGCGACGGAGGUGAACGGAAUUGAGGGGCUCGGAGGCGAUGCCGCAGUGACCGAUGCCCUCAACGAUUUGUGCAAGGAUAUGGCUCUUCAACCUUUCUUUCAGCUGGAUUCACAGCAGAGGUCGAAGGUACUGUGCACCCUGGCAUCAAGAUCCGAUGCUGCGGCGGCGGCUGCCUUCAACAAGGUGCUGAGCUGUGACUCGGAGUCCCUCCUUCGUUUGGCCUUGAUGGAGAAGCCAACACAGUUCACUCCUCCUGAUGUCAGCCUAACCUCUGGUGUGGCACUGCUGCUUGAGCGGCUGUGUCACCUGAACCCAAAGCUCAAGGAGGCAGUGGCUUCCCAGCUAUCCUGGCGCACGGGAUCCCCGGCAAUCAUGCUACGUUUGGCAGCAGCCUUGGCCCCGCUCGAACCAGUAGCCUGGAUGGAGGAGGCACCGCCCUCGCCUUCAGAGCUGCUGCCGCUUCCGAAAGAGGAUCGCUUGGUUGAACUGUUUGCCACUACACCGAUGCCUGUUCUCGAGAACACGGUCUUGCAAGCUUUGGAUGCAAAGGAGAAACCGCGCACUGGUGCGACGCGGUCCCGGCGUCUGCAGCUGCGGCUGGAGCUGUGCCGAGGAAGCUUGCAGGCCCUCGGUUCGGCUCUUGGGAAUUUCCUUGACGUCGUCGGGCCCAUGAAAGCUGCCGAUCACAAGCUAGUCGCCGAAGCCCUCGCGCUCGACAAGCUAGUCUUCAGCUCUGCUGAGGAAGCACUGAAGCAGUAUGUCCAGGCCGGCGUGGCAGCCCCGGACAGACGCCAGUCCGUGGCGGCCCUGCUCGGUGUCCUCCAAGUCCAAGCACGUGCGCGACAACCCUGGGAAGUGACAGCAGCGCAGCGGUUGAUCACCGAUGCAGGUGAGGAGGGCGAAGUGCCCGAGUGGAUGCUGGAACAUGCAGUGUGCUGGUGGGCCGAUCUUCUCGCCUCCCAGCCGGAGAGGUUGCAGGACUUCGUGCAAUGUGUGCAGACCAGCUACGGCGCCUCCCGCUCUCGAGGGGAUCUCCUUCGGCGGCAGCUGCUCGUGGCUUGGGCGGCCGAGGACGCCUCCGUCUCCAUUCAGGUGCCUGAGGCUCCCGAACAGGAGCUCUGGGCAUUCCGAGCCUGGGUCGGCAAGUUGGAGUCCUGGGUGCCUGUGUGGGGCUGGGACCUGGACGCGAGGAGGCUCAGGGCCACGACUGAAAACUUCAGCUUCGACCGUUCUUCCAUCGACCCUUUGCCUCGCCUCGGCGCCGAUGUGCCAGAUGCCCGGCAGGAGAGGCUGAAGGAGGCAGAGUCGGAGCCGUACGACAUUGCAUACCUCCUCCCCUUCUUUGCUGGCCAGCUGCGUGCGGCCUUCAUGCAGAGCGGAGCCAACUCCAAGGCAACCUGGGGCCCCGCGCUGGGCGCGCUGAUGUGCGGAGGAGCGCUGGAGCUGCUUUUGCUGGGCCUCGCAUGCUGCGACACCCUCCUCCGUGCCUGCGCUUUUGAGGCCUUGUCCGUUGUCACGGCCAUGGCCCAAACCUGGAACAUCAGCCUGGAAGAGGUGGAGAAGGCAUCCCGCGAGCGGCUGCCAUUCCGCGAGCUUCCAGAGCUUGCUCGCCUUCUCUACUACGUGCGGGAUGCUGUCGGUCCUCCUGAGAAGGAUGGCAUCCCAGGCCCCGUUCCACGUCUGAAUGCUUCCUUCUUGGCAGCCUGCACGCCUAUUCUCACUCAGCCUCAACAUGCGCUGUACCGCACUGUGGCAAAGUUCUUGCUCGGUCGACCAGCCGCAGACUUUGAGGACAUUCCCUUGUUCUCCAAGCUCAUGUUGUCUGGAGAUGUGGAGAGCAGUCAGGAGGCACGUCUGUGGUACCUCCGGGUCCUUCGACGAGGUCUGGCUGUGAAGUCAGGAACAUUCACGGCAGCUGACAAGAUGUCGAGGCAUACAAUGGCAAGGCGAAAUGUCCUGCCAUGGAUCAUGAGCUUCGCUGGAUCCAAAGAGCUUGGAAGCCUCCCAGUCUUUCUGGAGGCCGCCGGGUGUGUGGAGGCUGCUUUACAGGCGCCGGUGGUCUCGGCCGAAGGGGCGGCGCUCAAACUUUCGGUCGCAGAAUGGGCUGCUGGUCAGGCUGCGCGCACGCCACAGGGCAACCGAAACCAUGCCCAGCAGGUUCUGCGCGCAGUGGGUCGCAUAGUCUCCGCACUCCUUCGCAUUCCAGGCGAUGAUCCUGCGCAAAGCCGCGUGCUCACCUCCAGCCACACGCAGCUUCUGGCAAUAGGCCGGGUGGUCCAAAGCUGUGCCACGGCCUGGGUUCGGUUGCAGGAGCCAAAUUCCGUGGAGGGGGCGGCUGAAGAGGAGGUGCCUGCCUCCGAAGCUCCCAGGCAAGCUCCAGUGGCCUUGCUGUGGGAGCAGGCAUGCUUGCUGGCUCGCCUGGCCGCGGAGAAGCGCAAGGCUGCCGGCAACUUAUCCGGCGAGCCUAAGGCCAAGAGACCACGUAACGCCGAGGACAUGUCACUCGCAGCGCAGCUGGACUCUGUCCUCUGGCUUGUGGCCCAGCUGGAAGAGGGCUUCCAGGCGGUCACACUUCCGAGAGCCAGCGAGUGCUUGCUGGCGGUGGCGCUGCGCCGUCGAGAGCCGAGUAGUUCCUUGCAGGAGCUGCUUUUGAUCGCCUUCACCUUCGUGCAGGUCUCGCCGCUGGGCCCUUUAGUCCACGAGUUUUUCGGGCAGCUCGUCCGUUACCUGCUGGUACAAGGCGAACAUGGACGACAGACCUUUCGCAUACAAGAGGAGGCCGUCACGUCCGCUUUUCAAGUUCUCAUGGCCAUGUCCAACAAGGACUUGGCCCUCUCCAGUGAGGCCAAAGAAAGCCUUCGGAGAUUGGUUUGCACCUUCUUAUCUCUGCCGCACGGUGCGGAUUUUACCGUGCGCCUUCAUUUACUGGCGAACGCAAUCUUGCUAGCGCUCCAACCACCGGAGCUAAGGUUGCAGAGGCUCCUCGAGCAGCUGCCUUCUCCGGAUGCGGCACUCGUACCAGGAGCUGCGAAAGACUGUGGGCCGCUGCUGAUGGACCUGCCCAUUACUGAGUUCGACUGUCAAUGCUUAAAGCACCAAAUGCAAGGACAAAGAAAAAUGCGCGCAUUGGAACGCCAAGACCCAUGUUACCAGGCUGUCUGGACAAAGCGGCGAGCACAGGGGAGUCAUCGCUUCAUUCAUGCCCUUGGAAUACUGGUGGCAUUUGUUGAGAGUCAGACAGGAGCCUCUCAUAUUUGGCCUCGGCCGGAUGGUAUGGAGCAUGCCGAGUCGGACUGGGUCACCGGAUUGUCGGUGUUUUGCGAGGCUUGGUUUCCGUUGGAGGCUGAGCAGGGCCAGUCCAUCCCAGGCUACUGGUUCGGAGCAAGGAAGGCAUCCUAUCGACCGCUCUUUGACAAGCUGAAUGCGAGCUGCCUCGAACCAGCACGGCGGCUAGCUGCUGCUGGCCAGUUCCGGCGCAUGUGGUGGCCUCGAUGGGAGCCUUCUGCAUCUGCCAGGAUGAGACUGAAGGCUGCCAUUUUCCUGGACCAAACCUCGCGCAACUAUCAGUCCUCACAGCGAGGUGAUGAUGCCUUGCUGAAAGCCAGCCAAGUCAAGGAGCAGUGUGACGCUGUGGCCCUGCAAAUGGCUUUGUCAGUGCUGGCAGCAGGCGGCGGCACAGCGAAUGGAGCUUUCUUCCUGCA